AUGCGCGCAAUACUGACAGCCGCGCUGGCGGCCUGCUCUGCGACUGGACUGGCUGCUGACAGGAUCGACGGACCCAUAUUACAACGGCGUGGCAUAGUGGGCGAUAUCGACGAAGCCUAUGACUUCGUGAUUGUUGGAGGUGGACUGGCUGGGCUUGUGUUGGGUGCGCGACUUAGCGAAGACUCAAACCACACCGUAUUGGUGCUGGAAUCGGGCGGCAACGGUGACGACUACAGGACGAGGAUAGACACUCCAGCAUAUUCAUAUUUCGAUUCGUUAUGGACGACACCAUUGAAUUGGGCAUACAACACUGUGCCACAAGGCAAUGUCAAUGAUCGUGAAAUGUAUCUGCCUCGAGGCAAAGUGCUUGGUGGAUCUUCUGCUAUCAAUGGCCUGUACCUCAACCGGCCGGCGAAGGCUGACAUUGAGGCGUGGCACGACUUGCUGGACGAUAUGGACGAUGCUGAUAACUGGACAUGGGACUCAUUCUUCGCUUCAAUGAAGAAAAGCGAAACAUUUUCUGGGCCUAAGGAGGCCAUGGCUGCCCAGGGUGCGGUCGCAUUCGAUGCUGGCUCACAUGGCACCAAAGGACCAAUUCACGCAAGUUAUCCAGGUUACUCUGUCCAAUGGAACGGAGUCUGGGCCGAUGGCCUCCAGAAUCUAGGCGUUCCACCAGCGAAGGACACCUAUGGAGGUGAGAACUCUGGCUCAUACAUCUCCACAUCGUCCAUUGAUCCGGCGACCUGGAAGCGAUCGUACAGUCGGUCAGGCUAUCUCGACGCGCUUCCGCCCCGCGACAACUACCACAUCCUACCUAAUGCGCAUGUCACACGUUUGAUUUUCGAUGGCGAGUCAAGCAAGAACAACCUCACCGCCUCCGCUGUAGAGUAUUCGCUGGACGGAGGCGCCACCAAACGUUUCGUCACAACGAACAUGGAGGUCAUCCUCGCGGGCGGCACAAUUGGCAGUCCAGCAGUCCUGCUACACAGCGGCGUGGGCCCGAAGGACGUUCUUGGAGCCGCUGGCAUUGACGUUCUGUCCGAACUCCCCGGUGUGGGCAACCACAUGCAAGAUCAUCUCCUUGCUACGGUCUCCUUCGAGAACAAAGCCAAAGACGAGACUCCUGGUGCCGUUUGGGUGGACGAUGACAAUCCGACCAAGAACGACACCCUAUGGCUCUCCUUUGUCAACGACGCUGUUGCCUACGUCAAUGCGACGCGCAUGUUCGGACCCGGGCUCGAUGCCUUCGCGAAAUCGACCACGGGCGCCUCUGACGCAUUCACUAUACCAGCAGGCAACAAAGCAGUCCAAGCUGGCUACGAUGCCAUCGCUAAAACAACCGCCUCGACCAUGGUUUCCACCUCCCUUGGCCAGGUCGAGCUCCUCCUCGUGACCUCCGCCCUCGACGGCACAGUCGGCAUCACCGCCGCCCUGCAACACCCUUACUCGCAUGGCUCGAUCACCCUCGCCAACGACGACCCUUUUACAUACCCGCUCAUCAACCCAAACUACCUCUCCCACCCUUCCGACAUCACCAUCCUGCGCGAGGGCCUCAAACUCGCUCGCCAACUAGGCAACACUGCCCCCUUUUCCGACACUCUUGGCGACGAAGUCGCGCCUGGCACAGACAAAGUCUCAAGCGACGCCGACUGGGAGGACUGGAUGCGCAAGCACGUCGAUACAGAGUAUCACCCUAGCAGCACGUGCGCUAUGCUGCCCCUCGAACUCGGUGGUGUGGUUGAUGCGAACUUGAAAGUAUACGGACUGGCGAACGUUAGGGUUGCAGACGCGAGUGUGCCGCCUGUGGCGUUCAGCUGUCAUUUGAUGGGGAGCACGUAUGGAUUGGCGGAGCGGGCGGCGGACCUUAUUAGAAGGAUACAUAAUGUGCCAGAGGAGGAAGAGGACGACAAGCCGAAGCCAAAGCCCAAACCCAAGCCGUCGAGUAGUGCGGGAGGCGAUGACGACGAUGAGCCACGGCGACGGCAAGUAGCAGUGGGAGUGAAGAGACAGGGCAAGAGAAUGGUUCUUCGGCGCUCAAAUCUUGGUCAAGUUCGAUGCUGGUUGGCUUGGUCAUGA